AUGGUGCAAAUCGAUGAUUCCUAUGUGAUGAACCACACAUGUAUCCGUGUCAAGGAUCCGAAAGUUUCGGUGCCUUUUUACGAGCGCAACUUUGGCAUGAAGCUUCUCCAGAAGUUCGCCUUUGACAGCUUCACCUUGUACAUGUUGGCUAUCGACGACGGCUCGAACGUCAAUUGGGCUGCCAGAGAGGGUGUUUUGGAGUUGACUCACAACCACGGUACUGAAAAUGACCCGGACUACACUGUCAAUAAUGGCAAUGGUGAGAAAGACAGAGGCUUUGGUCACAUCUGUUUCUCUGUCGACAACAUUGAAGCCGCCCAGACGAGAUUGUUGGGUGACGAUGUUCGUUUCCAGAAGAAAUUGACUGAUGGAAGACAAAAAAACAUUGCUUUUGCAUUGGACCCAGAUGGAUACUGGAUCGAGCUCAUUGAGCAUGGGAAGGACAAGAAGGAAGGCACCACUGACCCUGCCUCCUACAGACUCAACCACUCUAUGAUCAGAGUGAAGGAUGCCAGCAAGUCUCUUGACUUUUACAGAAAAGCACUUGGAAUGAAACUUUUCAAAAAGAAGGAAUUCGAAGCUGCCAAGUUCACCUUGUACUUCUUGGGCUACGAUCACGGAUCAACCAUUCCAGAGGGUGAGGAGCCUCCAUCUAAGCAGGCUCUUCAGCAAGGCAUCCUUGAGCUUACUCACAAUUGGGGUACUGAGAAUGACCCUAAAUUCAAAGGAUACCACAAUGGUAACUCUACAGAGAAUGGCGCCAAACAGGGAUAUGGACACAUUUGUGUCGCCUGUAAGGACCCUGCAGCUUUCUGCAAGAACAUCGAGAAUGAAUUUGGAGACUCUGUCCAAUGGCUGGUGAAAUGGAACCAAGGUAAAAUGAAGAACUUGGCCUUCAUCAGAGACCCCGACGGAUACUCAAUUGAGAUCAUUCCCCUGGAUAUGUUUGGUGACAACUAG